ACCACCACUAUUAGAUGCUUGAAGCGUGAGAAAGAAGGUGGUUUUUCGGGGCUAGGUAGGAGAGGUCUGUGGUGAUUUUUUUGCCCUAUAUUUAUACCAUCUGAUAUUAGGUAAAACUGGCAAGGAUACAUGCCAUAGGAUGCAAGCACCACAGUCAUUAGAUGCUGCUCCUCACAGAAGAAAACAAUUGACUCCACUACUUGAUCGGCAGAGCAAGAACAGUGCCCAACUAGAGGUCUUCUUCAAAGAGCUCCAGGAGAUUCAGCAAGAUGAGGCAUCACCAAGCAGAAUUGAAAAUAGCUCAGAAGCUUUAGAGGAUGACCAUCCUGAAGAUGGAGAAGAAGAAGUCCAUUGGCUCAAGGAAGCUGGCUUCCAUCAGCUGACACAUAAAUUUAAAGAUGGUAAUGAGCUUGAUGAUGCCAGUUUACGAGAAGUGACAUCAUCGUUGACACGUUCUCAAGCCGAAGCUGUGAGAAAGAGGGUUGCCGUGCUCAACGAAACAAUACGAAUAAAACGAGAAUCGAUAGUUCUUACAGGAUCGCAUUCCUCACGUACAGAUGUACGGAAAAUUUUCCCUGACAGUGGGUAUGCACCAGUUUCACUGUCUGAUUCAGCAUCUUCGAAAUCUAGCCGACACAGUUGGCGUGGUGAUAAACAGAGCGAGAGGUCAUUUGUAAGAGGGCAAGAGUCGCAAGAUGUAGCAGGACUGCCCGAUGAAGCUACAGGUGUGGAAGUUUUAAGCAUUACUAAUACACAGCCUGUGUCAGUUCCAAGUGCUAAAGAAGAAGAGGGUGCUUCUAGGAACGAUACUCGCUCAUCUACUCCAGAUUCAACAUUGGAAUUAGAAACUUUGGAAAGUGAUUUUAGAAAACAAGAAGAAAUAAUGAACAGUCUGGCCAGUAAUUUACCAAAUAUCACAUUAGCACGCGACAAAUGUGGUUUAACGCCAGUAAACUUUUUGGAACAGAAAGACAGGUCAAAGGUCCGUUCGUUGGCGCUCAUAGAGUUAACGUCAUUAUUUGAUAAAUAUGGCCUGCCCCUCCCACAUGCAAGGAAACAGAACAGAAAGAAGACAAAAGAACAAGGAAUUUUCGGUGUGCCACUGAAUGUCUUAGUAGAAAAUGAUAAAAAACUGAAACCAAAUGUUAGGGUACCACUAUUUUUACAACAGUUAAUUUCCAAACUAGACGAAAAGGCUUUAAAAGAUGAGGGCGUUCUUCGUGUUCCAGGGUCAGCAGUUAGAAUUAAGUCCUAUGGGUUGUACCAGCAAAGAUGUUAAUGCAGGUUAGGAAGAUAUAUGAAGCUGAAAACAAGAAAUCCAAAGACAGUAAAUCAGUAAUGACGUUAUUUAAAGGGAGAGGAAAGGGAGACAAAAAAUUGAGUCACUACGAAGAAGAUGCAAAGGAAGGAGUUAUACGUGUGAGGGCGCCAGAGUUUACCAAAAUUUGUACAACUGUGCAGCUGAAUGAGAAAACAACUGCUGGAGACAUCAUUGCAAAGUUUAUCCGAGACGCUGAGCCCAUUAUCACACUUCCAGCACGGCGUCCAAGCCAAACAAAGUGCGAAAGAAAAGUACAAACAUUACAAAGUCGGCAGUCUUCGAUUGACGACUGUGGUGUUGGUAACAUUAUGUACACAAAUAAAUUCUACCUUAAUGAAGUUGGAGGAAACCUAUGUGGACGCUGUCUUGAUCCUGAAACUGACAUGAUGACAAUAGUGAAAAUUAACCCUACAGCUGAAUGGGUCAUCAAAUCUCGGAACACGUAACUCAGCGAAUAACUUUGAACUUUGUAACGAUUGUGAAUGAUUGUAUAAACUGAACUAUAGUUACAGGGAGAUAUGUACAGAGGUAACAUUUCCUGAUACACAGACAAAGAUGAGAUAUUCCAGUUUCCAGAUUUACAGAGAGUGCUAUAACUUGAUUUGUUGUUGCUAUAUCCAACCCAUUGUGCCUAAGACAUUUUACCUGAGAAAUACUACAAUUUAUGAUGAAUAUUCAAUAAUUUGUCAUCAGCCCUCUAUAGUAGUGUAUGAUGUUAGUCCUCAUAGGGUGUGAUGUCAGCUUUCUAUGGGGUGUAAUGCCAUCUUUCUACAGGAUGUUACUUUCAGCCUCUACAGGUUGUCAACUGUCUAUAAAUUUUGUGUUAUGUUUAAAGGGUAAUUGAGAUUUGGAUUACAUGUAUUAUUCCCAAGUGUACAUACACAACAAUACACUUCAUUCCAUGCCAUUUGUAAGAAGCAGAAGUAGUAUUAUUUAAGAAAGAAACAGCAAAAGAAUAAAAUUUGUCCUUAGAGAUAAUAAUAUUAUAUAGUUUUAAACUGGUUUCCAUUGAAUUGUAACACUACAACACCGGUAGCUUUUGACUUGGUCAAUCAAAUCAUGGCGCGUUUCUCAUUGCAUCAGAAGUAGCUUCGCAGUGUAACAAUUUUACUGUAGUGAGAGUGUAGCAAUUUUAUGCAAACCAGGCUUAAAUCUAUAGCCUGGUCAUGAUCUAAUGUAAGUCUGUAAUAAUAUAACAUAAGUCUGUAAGUACAGAUACUGAGAUGAAGUGGCUGUAAUGACAGAUACAAGGGAAGAGAUGGGUUUUAUUUGGCAGUCAAUCACGGUUGUGUAUUUUAGUCUACAUAAUAGCAUUUCUUUUGUAAUUUCACAUUGUGGUAGCUUAAAUAAAAGGUUGUGAUUUGAACUUUUUUGACCAAUCCCAGUGUCCUAUGGUAUAAUUUGUAAAAAGAAACAUUGUGAAUAGGAGUUUAAACUGUAUAUGAAAAUAUACUAAAAAAUCAACUCAAAACAUUGACAUUCUACAGAAUUUUACUCAAAUUAAGUUAUAUUUAUAUUUCCUACUGAUUUUAUUGAAUUUUGAAUAUUGUAUACGGAAGUGUUACAUUUUAUUUUCUGGUAUGCAUAUUUAUGUGAAUAUUUAUAAACUUUAAAAUAUGGUUGUUAAUGAUAAAUCAAAGGUAAUGUACCUGUGAAUCCAUAAAAGAAAAUAUUGUCACAGUUUCCAUAUAUGAAUAUUUAUGAAACAAAGUGUGAGAAUAAUUUAUAGAUGAUUAGGGAUGCAUCAGAGAUAUGUAAGCACAAAUUGUGAGUAUGUAUCUGUUGUUUCAUAAGUAUUCAUAUGGAAUGUUAUUAAGUAAAUAUUAUUUAUAUGAAAUUUAUUUUUUAAUUGAAUGAAUAUCCAGUUCAGAUGAUGUUUCCAUUGUUUGAAUGUUGGAAUACAGAAUUUUAAUAUCCUAGUCUUUCAUUAUCGUCAUCAUAAUUAUCAUCAUAGUCAUCAUUAUCAUCAUCGUUAGAUGAGACUUCUUUUUAUACCUUGUUUCGCAAAUUUUUUUUUAAAGGUCGUCAGAGGAGGGCGGAAAAAAAAAUAAAAAUACAAUUUUGUUUUCUUAUUUAGCAAGUAUUUUUUGCCAAAAACAAAAAACAGAGGAGAAAAUAAAAAUGAAAUUUUAUUGGUGCAUGUAAGCAGUGCAGUAAUGGGAUGGUGAUAUGCUUUAAAUUUAUAUAAUUAGAGAGAAAUAUAUAUAUCCUUUUUUUGCAGAUUUAAAGGCAGCGGCAGGCAUAAUAAAAAUAAAGGAAAAAAUUAAUUUUUUUCUGAAAUUUCCAUUUUUUCAUGGUGCCGGGUGCACAAAUUGGUCAAAAAUAAACUUUUUUUAAAUUCUAAAUCAUCAUUGGCGGACGGCAGGUUCACUAAACGAGGUAUAAAAAAGUCUCACCAUAUCAUCAUCAUAUCACCGUCAUUGUUAUCAUCAUUAUCCUCAUCAUCAUCAUCAUCACAAUCAAUAAUGCUUUUUAUUCUCUAAAGUAGCAUGUUCUACCAUUCUGUGCCAAUUAUCUUUCUGAUCUGAAAAUAUAAGAGUGUGUGUUGACUGCAAUAGUCUGAAGAUCCAUUUGAUUACCUUAUUUAUGUUAGUUUUGUCUUUAUUUUACAAAUUUUGACGGGUGCAUCCUUGCACAGAUUGAUCAGAUGUCUAUAAAUGCUAAACCUCAAUUUACAAGAAUUUCUCUUGUUUAAUUUAUACAGGGAAUAAUUGAAAAUCAUGUUAGAAAGCCUUCAUCUUUGAAGUGGACCAUAGGCAAUAAUUUUAAUGCUAAUUUCUUGAACAAAACUCCAUAAUUUUUUACUGUUUCAGUGUAUUAAUAGAUUUACAUUUGUUGUAAUGUUUCUUUUAUUUAUUGAUUUAUUUUUCUAUAUUCUGAAAGACAAUGAUUAAUGAUAUUGGUACUCUUAUAUUUUUUUUAAUUUUAAGCUUAAAUUAUAGGCCUCCACCAGGAGGUUGGGAGUAAGGGCAUUGAGCUCUCUAUUUUCCAUCCUCUGAAUUCACCUCUCGUUCAAGUUCUUAUAUUCUUUCAUCAGAUAUCAGUACAUGUAAUUAGGUAAUUAAUCAGUACGCACACAUUUCGCAAUAGCACUCUAACUGUGCAUUAGCCAAUCUGUGUAGUGUUAUUCUAUUAGGAGUCUAUUUUUGUAAUGGCAUAUACCGGGUCAUGUUUUUCAACCUGUUAGUCUUUCAGUUUAUCUUUCAAUUUGUAGAUUUAAUUAUUCAUCUCAAGGAAAAACUUUUGUUUUUUUGUUUUAAUUUCAAAAUCUACAUGACUUUUAUUGCCAAUGUUCAGUGUUGUACCUACAUUUCAAUGUAAACAAUUUUCCAAUUUAAAAUCUUACUGUGUGUUUCACUGUACCGAAUGUCUUAUUAAUGUCUUUCUAAAGUUUAAGGUAUAUUAAUUAUAGUUUGAAUAUUCACUUCAUUUACCAGAGCAAUAACGACACUGUACUAGAAAGCAUCCAUGCGGUUUCUGGGAGGCAUUGUCAAGUUGUUUAUUUUUAUGUCUGGAUUUAUAUUCCAAGUGUCCAUACUGAAUAGCAGCGAUAAAUGUACGGAAUAAAAAUUAAGUCAUUGA